AUGUGGUCUAUACUAUCUGCCACAGUCUUCUUCGUCACCAUUCUAGCCCAGCAUCCCGCCUCAUACGCACAACAAGAACCCAUUCCCGGCCUGUACGAGCCCUACAACAAGCAACAGGGCCCCGAUCCACCUUAUCCAGGCAACCGCAAAGACCCUAUCCUACCAACCUCAAGCGACCCACCAGCGCCCGACGACGCCCUCUUCCAAAGCCUCGCCGCAGCAGAAUGGACAAUCCUCGACUUCUACAACUCUGCCCUCCGCCGCUUCAAGAGCGAGGACUUCACCGAGCUAGGGUUUCCAAAUGAUACAUUCGACCGCAUCCAAGAGAUCCGCAACAACGAAGCCGGCCACGUCCAAAUCACCCUCGACAUGAUCAGCGACGCAUCCACGAAACCCGGGCCUUGUCAAUACAACUGCAACAUCUCCACCCCAAUGGAAUUCAUCACCCGCCAAACCCUCAUCGAAGCCUCCGGUCCCGCCUUCUUACCCGGCCUGACCUCCCAAGCGAAAGAGCCUCGCAGCCAAGGCGUCAUCACCUCCCUCUCCCAAAUCGAAGUCCGCCACGGAACAUGGUCGACCAUGGCCCUCUUCAACGCAAACCCCUUCACCGGCCCCGCAGAUACGCUCUACCCCUACCCCAUGCAAAUCCUCUCCCAAGUCGCCGCCUACAUCAUCCCAGGAAGCUGCCCAAAGAACAACCCACCCUUCCCCAACCCACCCCAACGCGCCGCAACCAUGAUCUCCAACCCUCCCUUCCCACAGGCCGGCGACGAGGUCCAAUUCGUCUUCCCCGUCCCGCAACAACAACCGAAGUUCGAAGAAGGAAAGGAGUACUACGUGGUGUAUUUCCACGCGCUGGGGAAUCUUACGAGGAGGUUUGAUGUGGAGAGUGGGAAGAGUCGGAUUCCGGCGGAGUUUGAUAAGGGGAAGGGGGUGAUUAUUGCGGCGAUUGCGGAUGAGGAGGGGGCGGGGAGGGAGGAGAGUGUGGUUGCGGGGCCGUUGUUGAUGCUGCAGCAGCCGGAUUUGGGGAGGGUGGCUUCGUCUGGCGGGAAAAUGUGA